AUGGCUUCAGGCCCUCUGGAGGUGAUCCAAGGCGGAAAUGCAUGGGUUCGUUGCGGGACUGGAAUGAACCUCGGCGAGGCUCCUAUAUAUCGAGCAAGUGAUUCGACCCUUCACUGGGUCGACUGCCUAUGUGAGCCAGCAGAAUUGCACAUACUCCAUGUUGACCCGGAGACCGGCGAUGCACAGGGCGAAGCGAGAGUUUUCAAGCUCGAAGACAGUGUUACCGUGGCUUUCUUCCGCAAGAACAAGCCGGGAAGCUAUAUCUGUGCCUAUUUUCAGGGAGUGGCCUUCCUCGACGAAGCCACUGGAAAGCUGGACGUGGUCAGAGAAAUCAUCCCAACCAGUGAGCGAGACAUUCGUCGAUUCAACGAUGGAGGUGUCGAUGCCAAAGGUCGCUUUUGGCUGGCCGAGAUCGACAGGAAGGCCAUGGCAUACGGACCCAACAAAUUACCCGCAAGCUAUGGUGAACCCAUCGGCCGUCUUUGGCGAUAUGAUCCCGACGGCAGUCUGCAUCUCAUGGAGACCGGCAUCAUUUGUGGCAAUGGGCUUGCGUGGAGUCCUGAUAACAAGACAAUGUACUUUAAUGACUCGGUCGCCAUGAUGGUUUUCGCAUACGACUUUGAUCUGGAGAGCGGGAACAUCACCAACAAGAGGCUCUUUAUUGACCGGCGAAGUUCUUUCGGCGAACCUGACGGCAUGGUGGUCGACACAGAAGGCAAUCUUUGGAUCGCAAUGUUUGCUUCCUACCGGGUGAUGGUGUUUAGCCCAACUGGUCAGCAUCUGAAGGAUAUUGUCUUUUCCGCAAAUAACAUGGCAUGCACGACAUGGGGUGGAAAAGACUUUGAUAUUCUUUACAUCGCUUCGGGGAGAGAUAAAGCCCCUGACGCCAAAGCUGAUGACGAAGGAGGCCACAUAUUUCGGUUCAAGCCCGUCGACGCCAGAGGGAUGCCGAAGCAUGAGUUCGAUGGCUGA